AUGGCUGAAUCCUCUUUCGAGAUGGACUUAUCCGCCACUGACAACCGCCGCCGGCGGCCUCGCCACACAACUCCAGCUCAGCCCCACCACUCACCAGCCUUCUCGUUUUCUAGCUCUCACACCUCUCCACACCUUCCUGCUUCACGUAGAACCCGAGCUACACGUGUCCCACCCACCACUCCUUUCGCCUCAGACACCGACAAGUCAUGGCAAGCUGAACUCUCAUGGCAGUAUGAACCCACCGGCUUCCACGACAACCGCGGCAGCAACCUUGGCGCCGCAUUAACCCCCUGGGCUGAACCCAGCCAGUCCUACGUCGCAUCCACCCCUGGCAGCCGUGUAUUUCGCCGAUCAGCAAAUGACUACUUCCUUUCCCGUAACGCCGCUGCAGGCGGCGGCGCUGGCGGUGGUGGUGGUGCCAACUUUCGUAGCUUUACAAAUCCGUCGUAUGAACAUUAUUCCGGUCACAGCCGCUUGCCAGGUAGGAUCGAACUCCAAAGCUAUGUUGGGAAAGGUAACCCUAACAAAAACAAUCCUACUCUCAGCAAGACUGCUACUUUCGCAGACAUGGUUACUAAUACAGAAAGAACAAAAGGUCGUUUAGAUAAUGGGCUCAGUCCAAAACUUUCGAGUCCUAGAAAGAGUUAUGGUUAUGGUGAAGAUAGUCAAAAGCUUUCGAGUCCUAGUAAGAGUUAUAUUGACGAGUUUGAUGUUGAUGAAGAUGAGGAUGAUGAUGAUGAUGAAGAUGAACAUGUAGCACCAAAACCGAUUGGGGUUUUUGGGUUGUUUAAGUAUUCAACAAAACUCGAUAUUUUUCUUGUGAUAAUAGGAAGUUUGGGAGCUUUGGUCAAUGGAGGAUCUUUACCUUGGUAUUCCUUUCUUUUCGGAAAGUUUGUCAACAAAAUUGCUUUAGACGAUGACAAUGACCAGAUGAUGAAAGACGUCAAAAGGAUAUGUUUAUUCAUGGUGGCGUUGUCUGGAUUAGUGGUGAUUGGAGCAUACUUACAGAUUGCAUGUUGGCGACUAGUGGGGGAACGAUCAGCUCAUAGAAUAAGAACCGCAUACCUAAGAUCAGUUCUACGCCAAGACGUUGCAUUCUUUGAUACAGAAAUUAGCACCAGUGAGAUCAUGCAUGGAAUCUCAAGCGAUGUUGCUCAAAUCCAAGAAGUUAUGGGAGAGAAGAUGGCGCAUUUUAUACAUCACAUAUGUACCUUCAUUUGUGGCUACACAGUUGGAUUCAUAAGGUCUUGGAAAGUCUCUUUAGCAGUUCUUGCAGUUACUCCACUAACAAUGUUUUGUGGUAUGGCAUAUAAGGCGGUUUAUGUCGGUUUAGCUACAAAAGAAGUGAACUCUUACAAGAAAGCCGGUGGCAUAGCCGAACAAACCAUAAGUUCAAUCAGAACCGUGUUUUCUUUCGUAGCUGAACAAAAGUUAACAGAUAAAUACAAUAUGUUAUUGGAAGAAUCGAUUCCUGUUGGAAAAAAACUCGGUUUUGCAAAGGGUAUAGGAAUUGGUGUUAUAUAUUUGGUUACUUAUUCAACAUGGGCAUUGGCUUUUUGGUAUGGAUCAAUUUUGGUUUCAAAAAAUGAGUUAUCUGGUGGAGCAGCUAUUGCUUGUUUCUUUGGUGUGAAUGUUGGUGGAAGAGGUUUAGCUCUAUCGUUAUCUUAUUAUGCUCAAUUUGCACAAGGGACUGUAGCAGCUAGUAGAGUGUUUGAAGUUAUUGAUAGAAUCCCAGCAAUUGAUCCGUAUUCUAGUAUGGGAAGAAGGCUUUCGGGUGGACAUGGAAAGAUUGAGUUCAAGAAUGUUUCUUUUGCUUACCCAUCUCGACCCACUCUUCCAAUUCUUAAUUCCCUCAAUUUGGUGAUUCCAUCUCAAAGAACUUUGGCGUUAGUUGGUGCUAGUGGUGCUGGGAAGUCAACUGUUUUCGCUCUUUUAGAGAGGUUCUAUGAUCCUAAUGAGGGUGUUGUGAAGUUGGAUGGUCACGAUAUAAGGACUUUGCAAGUGAAAUGGCUAAGAAGUCAAAUGAGCAUGGUGGGUCAAGAGCCUGUUCUAUUCGCAAACACAAUUCUUGAAAACAUCAUGAUGGGAAAAGAAAAUGCCACAAAGAAAGAAGCAAUCACAGCUUGUAUUGCAUCAAACGCACACAAAUUCAUAACAAAUUUACCCCAAGGGUAUGACACACAAGUUGGGGAUAGAGGAACACAGCUCUCAGGGGGUCAAAAACAACGUAUUGCAUUAGCUCGAGCCAUGAUCCAAGACCCAAAAAUCCUUCUUUUAGAUGAACCCACAAGUGCACUUGACCCUGAAUCCGAAACUCUUGUCCAACAAGCCAUUGAUAAAAUUUCAAAGAAUAGAACAACAAUGGUGAUCGCUCAUAGGCUAGCAACCGUAAGAAAUGCUGAUAGGAUUGUUGUCAUGGAACAAGGAUCGGUAAUUGAAAGCGGCAAUCAUCAACAACUCAUGGAGAGAAAAGGAGCUUAUUUUGCUCUCAUCAACCUCGCAUCUGAAGGUGUCUCAUCAAACCCUAAUAAUGGUGGACAAAAAAGAACGACUAGUGCUCAAGAUCUUUUGAAAUCGAAUCAUGUACAGGAGAUAUCAAGAUCAGAAUACAUGCAAUCUUUGAAUGAAAUAGACGAAGUGGAAACAGAAAAACCAAAAGGAAAAAAAUCAGGAUCGUAUAUGAUUUCGGAAGUAUGGAAAUUACAGAAACCGGAAGGCGGAAUGUUGUUUAUCGGGAUUAUUUUGGGAAUGGUGGCAGGGGCAAUUUUGUCAAUCUUUCCAUUGGUUUUAGGUCAAGCACUUAAGGUCUAUUUUGAUCCCGACCCUGAGAAAUUGAAAAGAGAUGUUAGGUAUCUUUGUCUGAUUUUAGUGGGGCUUGGAAUCGCGAUUAUUCUAGCUAUGACAGGUCAGCAAGGGUUCUGUGGUUGGGCGGGAACGAAUCUCACUAAACGGGUCCGGAAUGUGCUAUUCCGUUCCAUUUUGAAACAGGAACCAGGGUGGUUUGAUUCCGAUGAUAAUUCAACCGGAAUUCUCGUUUCCAGGCUUUCGAUUGAUUGUAUAAGUUUCAGGUCAGUUUUAGCCGAUAGAUAUUCGGUUUUAUUCAUGGGUAUGAGUUCGGCUGCUGUUGGACUUGGGGUUUCUUUCUAUCUUCAAUGGAGGUUAGCUCUUAUGGCGACUCUUCUCACUCCUUUUACACUUGGAGCUAGCUACUUUACCUUAUUGGUCAACAUUGGACCAAAGUUGGAUAAUGGAUCUUAUGAUACAGCCACUAGAAUUGCUUCGGGGGCUGUAUCAAACAUUCGGACAGUUGCAACUUUUGCAACUCAAGAAAAGAUUGUUCAAUCGUUUGAGCAAUCUUUAUCAAACCCUAAGAAAACAUCAGUAAGGAGAUCACAAAUCACUGGAAUGGCGUUAGGGUUUUCACAGGGUGCAAUGUAUGCAGCUUAUACUGUGAUUUUAUUGUUCGGGGCUUACCUUGUGAAACGAGGUGACACUUCGUUUGGUGAUGUUUACAAGAUUUUCUUGAUUCUUGUUUUGAGCUCGUUUUCAGUUGGUCAACUCGCGGGUCUUGCUCCGGACACGUCAGCAGCUUCGACAGCGAUUCCGGCUGUUUUUGGUGUUAUUAGUCGCGUUCCAUUGAUUCGUGGGAAAGGGAGAAAGAUUGAAAGCUCGAAGAUGUUUGAUGUUGAGUUCAAGACGAUUACCUUUUCAUAUCCUUCGAGGCCGAAUGUGAUUGUGUUGAGGGAUUUUAGUUUGAAGGUGAAAGGUGGAACCAUGGUGGCGGUGGUCGGAAGUAGUGGCUCCGGGAAGUCUACUUUGAUUUGGUUGACACAGAGAUUUUACGAUCCGAUUAAAGGUAAGGUUUUAAUGGCGGGAAUUGAUUUGAGGGAGCUCGAUUUGAAAUGGCUACGAUCUCAAACGGCUUUGGUGGGUCAAGAACCGGCAUUGUUUGCGGGUACGAUUCAAGAAAACAUCGGAUUUGGGAACCCUAAUGCUUCAUUUGCAGAAAUUGAAGAAGCUGCGAAAGAAGCUUACAUUCAUAGUUUCAUCUGUGGACUCCCUGAAGGCUACGAUACUGAGGUGGGUCAAAGUGGGGCUCAAUUAUCCGGAGGUCAAAAACAAAGAUUAGCAAUCGCAAGGGCGAUAUUGAAGAAAUCAAGAAUACUAUUACUAGAUGAAGCAAGUAGUGCACUCGAUUUGGAAUCAGAAAAGAAUGUUCAAGAAGCGUUUAGGAAGAUUACCAAACGGACGACCACCAUUGUGGUGGCGCACCGCCUCUCCACCAUCAGAGACGCCAAUGUGAUAGCGGUGGUCCAGGAAGGGAGGCUGACGGAGUAUGGAAGCCAUGAUAGGCUUAUGACUUCACAUCAUGAUGGUGUUUAUGCUAGCCUUGUCCGUGCUGAAACAGAAGCAAAUGCUUUUGCAUAAGUGCAAGCAGGAUAUAUCUAUAGAUUUUGAAACCCCAUCCCUUGAUGAUCA